AUGCCGGUGGUUGUUGUUCACGACAUAUCGCGCCAUUUACGUGCUCCACUGUUCACCAUGGGCAAGGCUCAAGUCGGUGGUUCGAGCCGCCAGGGCUGGUGUGCGGUUUUCUGCUUGUUCGUGAGCUGGUUGCUUUGGGCAGGAAUACUGAAAAGUCUUGGUGUGAUGCUGCCUACAUUGCAGGAACAGUUCACCGCCCAGACCUGGCUGAUCGGCUGGAUGAUAUCGAUCAUUAAUGGCGUUGUUAAUGUCUCAGGUCUCUUUGCUAGGCCACUGGAGGUCAUGUUUGGUUCCCGCACUGUAGUGACGGUCGGUGGUUUCUUGGUUGGGGUAUCCAUGAUCAUCGCUUCGGUUUCCACCAGUGUUGCAAUGCUGACACUGGCGCUGGCACUGAUAGCAGGACCUUCUUUGAGUGUCGUCAAUAUUCUGUCAAGGAGCUUGAUGGGCCGUCAUUUUACGACACACUAUGCCACAGCAAGUGGAAUUGGAACAUCGGGGGCCUCUGUUGGCUUGAUCACCGUGGCGCCAUUUACCCAGCUUCUGCUGAAUACCUAUGGCUGGAGAGGUACUUUCCUCAUUCUGGGUGGAUUAGGCCUGCAUCUUGGGGUGUGUGGCGCCCUCUUGCAGUCACCACCGACUGAUGAAACAAAGAAGAAUGGUGAGUACCAGCCACUUGGCCCAGACAUCGAUGAAGCACCAGUGGUUAACUCACCAAGUGCUGAGGAGACUGGCAAUUCGAAGUUGUCAUCCCGACUUAUCACCUUUAAGGACGCCGUCUGCGCUCAGAUGUCUCAUUUUGGAUUCUCAGUUUGUCUCCGGGUCCCAUUUUGGAUCACAACGGUCAUAUUCUGUUGCAGCAGCUUCUGCGGUGUCCAGUGGUACAUCUACUACAUUUCCCAAGCCCAAGCCAAAGGUUUCUCUCCGUACGACGCUGUGACAUUCACCACGGCUGCAGGGGUCGGAAAUUUACUUAUCAAGAUCCUGUCUGGCCCCAUCGUGGACCAAGGUCUGCUGAAAUUGCGACCGGCGAUGGUGCUGACUAUUAUGCUGAGCUCCUCGGCUCUACUGAUAACUCCCUUGGUAAAUUCCUACUGGCUGAUGAUGGCCGAUGCCUUCAUCUUUUAUGGCGCUUUUGGAGCAGUUAUCUCACUGAAUGAUCUGUACACCAGGGAGCUACUUGGUACUGAUCUUUUGGCAUGUGCUUUCGCGUGGAUGGAGUUAGUGACGGCCGUGUUAUGUUUCAGUCUUGGAUUCUUUCCAGGUUGGCUAUACGACCAGAGUGGCAGCUACGAUUUGUCCUUUGUCAUCUUGGGAUGUAUAUCGUGUCUAUCGUUGGCGGCGCUGAUGGUGGAAUGGUUCUUGGCUAGAUGGUCAGAUGGCAAAACUAGGAGAAAAUCGUAGAAAAUCGAGAAUCGUAGUUCGACUUUUUUUCGUUCCAGCCCAUGCAAGACGUUCGUAGUUUGAUAUCGGUCGAGUCAGUUGGAACAGCCUAUACGGAAAUAUCGUGCCAAACAUCGACCUCUCACUUCCGAACAUCUAAAAUAAAUGUGAACUAGUGGAAUGUUUUAGGAUAUGGAAUUUUUGAAAAAAAGAUUAAAGGACUAAUUAGCAUCUACAAAACAAUCUAAAAACCGCUUAUAAGGAUAGCAUUCAAGCCAGCGGGACUAAAUCUAGAACCCAUCGGUAACGGUCAUCAAAUUCAAAAUAUUACAUGUACAUGACGCAGCAAAAAGCUCGCCCCUCGUAUUUACGAUCCAAGUAUUCUUGAUGCACAAAAUUGUCUUUUAAUUUCAGGUUUUCUAAAUUAAGGCAAUGAAUAUUAAUUAUCAACUCAUUUUGU